AUGGCGAAAUUUGUCCCCCGUCAGAGAAAGCACAAGGUGCUCGCCCGCGAGAAAGCCAAGCAAAACGCGCAGCACCCGGUCCAAGACACCAACCCCGAAGUCCUGCCCGCCGCUCAAGCCAAGCAACGGGAACAAAGGGCCCAGUUGAAGCAGCAACUGCAGCAAGACGGCGCCAAAGUGAGCGGGAAGAAGGCGAAGCGUCUCGAGAAAUACAUCGACAAUAAACUGCGCAAGGAUGAGAACAAGGAGCUGCUUGCCAAGCUUGCCGCGCGCCGGAUCGACACGUCGCUAUUUGCGAGCAGUAGGUCGCUCGGCCAAGGGCGGGAAACAAAGAGGCAGGCCCUGUCGCGCGCUUUACGGGAGAGACGGGCGGGCUUGGAGGGCGACGAGGACGUCCUUCUCGAGGCGAGAAAAGUUCUUGCCUCCGACUCGGCCGACAGCGACGACGAGCAAAGAGCGCUGUCGGCCAACUCGGAAAGAGCCGACAGCGACAGUGAGAAAGCGCCCGCGGUGCCUAUGCCCUCAGUAGCGACCGCCCAAGCCAGGCUGGGCGCUCCUGCCGGCGCUAAUCCGAUCGGAUCGGGUCUGAAGCGACCGUUGGAACAAGACGAACAAGGCAAGCCAGUCUUGCGAAAGAAGCAGAAGCGAGGGGGGGUGAGAACGAAAACGACGCCUUUGGAAACGAUCGCCGUGACCAAGAAGAUUGAGCCAGAGUAUGAAGAGUGGGGUGGUCUGGGGAGCGACGGCGAUGUAAAUGAAGGAAGCGAUGCAGAAUCGAGCACACGGAGCGUUCUACAGGGCGAGAAUCAUGCUGAGAGCGAUGAAGAGGAGCAAAAUGCCUCUUCGGAUCGAGAAUCCAGUGGCGAUGACAGUCCCCGAGUUGACGACGACGACGACGACGACCUGGAGUCCGAGGAGGAAUCUUCAGACAGCGCCGACAGUGAACAAGGCAAUGAGCAAGCUGCUCAACGAUCAUCGGCAUUUAAAGCCUGGGCUUUUCAGCAACGAAACGAGGCGCUAGGCUAUCAGACAACAGAAGGCAACGCUGCCGGCCCGUGGCAGGUUCCCAAGCCAGACAACUUCGAGCCAAGGGCUCCCGAACAGGAUCCCCUGCCAAUGGAGCUGCAGCCGACCGUGAAUGAUGCGAGAAAGUCCUUCACUGUCACCGUGAGCAGGUCUCGCGAGAUACAAGAGGCUCGCUUACAACUUCCCGUGGUUUCCGAAGAACAGCGCUUGAUGGAAGCGAUACACAACAACGAUAUAGUAGUCAUCUGCGGAUCGACCGGAUCGGGAAAGACAACCCAGGUCCCGCAGUUUCUCUACGAAGCGGGCUACGGUUCGGCAAACUCGCCGACCCCAGGCAUGAUUGCCGUCACUCAGCCGCGUCGCGUAGCUGCCGUGUCAAUGUCCAGAAGAGUGGCAGAGGAACUGGGUGGUGAGCAUUCCGACGUCGUGGCGUAUCAGAUCCGGUUUGAGGGCACCGUCUCCGACAAGACGGCCAUCAAGUUUCUGACGGAUGGCGUUCUUCUCCGGGAAAUAGCUCAGGAUAUCACGCUACGCAAGUAUUCCGCCAUCGUUAUUGACGAGGCACAUGAAAGGAGCGUCAAUACCGACAUCCUGAUUGGUAUGCUCAGCCGAGUCAUCAAGCUCCGCGCGGAACUGUCCGAGGAGGAUCCGACCGUCAAGCCUCUGAAGCUGGUCAUCAUGUCAGCGACUCUGAGAAUAGAGGAUUUGACAAUGAACCCGACUCUGUUUCCUGCACCGCCGCCGGUGCUGGAGGUGGAAGGGCGGCAACAUCCCGUCACUGUCCACUUUGCGCGCAAAACGCACCCCGAUUAUGUCGAGGAGGCCUUCCGAAAGAUUACGCGCGGGCAUCGCAAGCUACCGCCGGGCGGGUUUCUCGUUUUCCUCACAGGAAGAAACGAGAUUUUGCAGCUGAGUAAGCGACUCAAGGCAGCGUUUGGUGGCCUGUCUUCAGCCGAAGGUCCCAGGGUAAAGAUAUCGGCAAGCGAGGCUCCCGUGGAAGUAGAAGACAUUGAGUUUGGAGACGCCGAUGAUUACGGCGGCGGCGGCGGCGACGACGACGACGUGGCAGACUUGCACUCGGAAAACGAAGAGGACGAGGAAGAGUUCCAAAUAGAACAAGACCAAGAAGCCGCGCCGCAAAAGAUGCAAAUCCUCCCCCUUUACUCCCUUUUGCCCACCAGAGAGCAGCUGCGAGUCUUUGAGCCAGCUCCCGAAGGUACCCGUCAGGUGAUCCUGGCGACCAACGUGGCAGAGACGAGUCUGACCAUUCCCGGCACGAGGUUUGUGUUUGACUGCGGGAGGUCCAAGGAAAGACGGUACGACAAACAAACCGGAGUGCAAAGCUACGAGAUUGGCUGGAUCAGCAAAGCGAGCGCGAACCAGCGCUCCGGCCGUGCUGGCAGAACAGGUCCUGGCCACUGCUACAGGCUGUACUCGUCGGCCGUGUACGAGAGGGAUUUUCCGCCGUUUGCGGACCCCGAGCUUCUCCGCAUGCCGAUGGAGGGGGUCGUCCUGCAGCUCAAGGCCAUGAACCUCCAAAACGUCGUCAACUUCCCCUUUCCCACGCCCCCGGACCGGCGAAGCUUGGCCAAGGCCGAGAAGCUGCUCACGUACCUCUCGGCGCUUUCCCCGUCGGGCCACAUCACCCAGGUCGGCAAGACCAUGUCGGUCUUUCCGCUGUCGCCGCGGUUCGCAAGGAUCCUCCUCGUGGGCCAUUUGCACGAUUGCCUGCCGUACGCAAUCGCGCUCGUGGCCGGCCUGUCGGCCGCCGAGGUCUUCCUGCCCGAGGCCCAAGCCAUACCGGCGUUGGCCGCCAAGGACGAGGCCGCGAUCCGCACCCCCGCAGACGUGGUGGCCGAGGACCGGCAGGCCAACGUGCGCCGCAUGUUCAACCAAGCGCACAGGGGCUUCUGCUUCCUGGACGACAGGUCCGACGCCAUCAAGCUGCUCCAGGUCGUGGGGGAGUUUGCGCACGAGCCGACGGAGGCUUGGUGCGAGCGGCACUUUGUGCGGUUCAAGGUGCUGCGGGAGAUCCAGCAGCUCCGGAGGCAAAUCGCCGAGCUUCUCCGCGGCAACGUGCCUUUGCUGGCCAGCCUCAAGCACCAGGACAGGCUCGACCCGCCGUCGCCCAAGCAGGUCAGCGCUCUCAAGCAAAUGGUCGCGGCGGGCUUUGUGGACCAGGUGGCCAUUCGCGCAGACCUCUGCCCGACGCCCCCCGAGCACUACAGGAAACCCAAGCGGUCCAUCGACGUGCCCUACGUUCCCCUGGUGCCCCUGCACGCCCCGGGGGAGGCGGGGGGCGACGGUCUGGUGUACAUUCACCCGACGUCGCCGCUGGCGCACGUCAGCGUGCAGGAAUGCCCCGAGUACAUUGUCUAUUCGUACCUCCAGCGGCCCUCGGCGUCGCACGCGGACGGCGAGAAGAAGCCCAAGGUCCGCAUGCAUUGUCUGACGGACGUUACGGGCGGGCAGCUGGCCGGCCUGGCAAAGGACACCCCCCUGCUGGGCUACGGCAAGCCCAUCAAAGAAGUCAAAGCGGCGGCGGCGGCGGCGGCGGCGGCGGGGGGAGACGGGGCCCUGGCCAGAGAAUGCUGGGUCAUUCCCUAUUUGCGAGCAGAAAACACCGGCGGCCAGGGCUGGCCACUGCCGGCGAGGAAGGUCAGGCAAAGAAAGGUUGCCGGCAAGGGAUGGGUGGUGGAGUAA